ACGUGGAUGCACGUGCAGACGUGGCAAGAGAUGGGGGCUCGCUCCACUACUCUUGGAAUGUGCAAGGAAAAGGGAAUGAAUCUUCAGCUAGAACAUGGGAAGAUGCAUCGCCAUAUUUUUUGACUUUUGUGCAUGUGGUGAGUAGUGGAGCGAGGCCCAUGAAGGGUCGUUGAAAUCGCACGCCACAUGUCGAUCGUCGGGGGAGCACAGAUAGAGCUUGAUGCGAGGUGAACGGUCGGAAGCAAAGGGAAGCCAGACAGCAAAGUGCAGACGCCUUGUCAUUGUAAUGUACUUUUGGAUGGAAAUUUGAAACACAGAGCAUCGCGACCUAUUUUUGGCGUAGCUGCUGUUUUGGGAAGUCCUGUCUCUUGGUGGCUGUUGGACAAAUGGCAAGAAACAAUGCCGCCACACUUUUCUUGGGAAACUUGGAAGAGAGAGUGGAUGAAAGGUUGAUUUACGAGAUAAUGGUGCAAGCUGGUCCAGUGGUUGACGUCCACAUCCCACGCGACAAGGAAACACAAAGGCACAAGGGCUAUGGUUUUGCAGAGUUUGCCUCGGAGGAGAGUGCGCAGUAUGCAUUUAGACUGUUUUCUGGUCUGAUCGUGCUGUAUAAUCGGAGUGUCAGAGUUGGGAUGGCAGGCGGUGGAGAUAAGAAGCCCUCUGCAUCUGCUGAGGAAGAUUCCACUGUCCAGGCCACUAUCACGCCUCCUGCAGAAUCAGCUGAACUCCUCUCUUCUGUCAACAUGCCCAUUGGUAUGCCGUUCUCAUCGAACAGCGGUUUUGCAGACUACGCAACUUCACCAGGUGCAUUCAGGCGCUCUGCCCAAUCGUCCCAACCUCAGUUUAUCUCACCUACUUACAGCAGCACCGCCCACAUCCCGCCUCUUACAAGAGCAGCAUUAUAUGGUGCAGCGCCAGCAGCUGCACAUGGGCUUCUCCCAACUCCUUUGACAGCAGGAUCCAUGGACAGUAGUUUCAUGCCAUGGGCGCCUCAACGGGGCCGAUAACCGGUGUCCAGCACGAGGGAGCAGGCUUUUCUUUUUCUUUCGUUUCCAUUUCUCUUUAUUUCUUGAGAGACUUUGCUGGUCCAGAUAGAGCACGCGGGUUAUCUGUAGACCAGCAAGCUUGAAGGAUUGCAAUUUGUGACUUUGGGCUGUGCAAGGCUGAAGCACCAAGGUCUAUUGUGCAUCCAGGGUUCUAUUCCAGAGGAAAGAGAAAUCAUCCGAUGUCCGAGGUUCAAGCCCAUGGUUUGAAUUCGAACCACAGUUCAGGUACAUGGUUUUAACCUUGAGUUCUUGACCCAUGGUUGAGGUCCAUGCUUUACAGUUUUAACU